AUGGCCUCCACCCUGCUUCACUGCCUGUGUCUCCUCACACUUUAUUUGGCAAGUGGAUAUGGCCAAGAAGGGAAGUUCAGCGGUCCCCUGAAGCCCAUGACGUUCUCUAUUUUUGAAGGCCAAGAACAGCAGAUCAUAUUCCAGUUUAAGGCCAACAGUCCAGCUGUGACUUUUGAACUAACCGGGGAGACAGAUGGUAUCUUCAUGAUAGAAGGGGAUGGACUUCUGUAUUACACCAGAGCCCUGGACAGAGAAGCAAGGGCAGUUCAUCAUCUCCAGCUUGCAGCACUGGAUUCUCACGGAAGUAUAGUAGAGGGCCCAGUCCCCAUCACCAUAGAAGUCAAGGACAUCAAUGACAAUCGACCCAUGUUUCUCCAGUCAAGAUAUGAAGGCUCAGUGAGGCAGAACUCUCGCUCAGGAAAGCCUUUCAUGUACGUCAAUGCUACAGACCUGGAUGAUCCAGCUACUCCCAAUGGCCAGCUUUUUUACCAAAUUGUCAUCCAGCUUCCCACAAUCAACAAUGUUAUGUACUUUCAGAUCAACAAUAAAACUGGGGCAAUAUCGCUUACCCAAGAAGGAUCCCAGGAACUGGAUCCAGUUAAGAAUCCCUCCUACAAUCUGGUGGUCUCAGUGAAGGACAUGGGGGGCCAGAGUGAGAAUUCCUUCAGUGACACCACAUCUGUGGAUAUUACUGUGAGGGAGAACAUCUGGAAAGCGCCAGAGCCUGUGGAGAUUACAGAAAACUCAACUGAUCCUCAUCCCAUCAAAAUCACCCAGGUGCAGUGGAAUGACCCAGGUGCUCACUAUUCCUUAGUCAACAAGGAGAAGCUGCCACAGUUCCCAUUCUCAAUUGACCAGGAAGGAAAUAUUUAUGUCACUCAGCCCUUGGACCGAGAGGAAAAGGACUCACAUGUUUUCUUUGCAACUGCCAAGGAUGAGAAUGGAAGACCACUUGCACGCCCAGUGGACAUUCAUGUGAAAGUUAUCGACAUUAAUGACAACCCACCGACAUGUCCAUCUAAAAUGACUGUAUUCGAAGUCCAGGAGAAUGAAAUAGUGGGGAGCAGCAUCGGGUUCUUUACUGCCCAUGACAUGGAUGAGGCAAACACGGUCAACAGUAUUUUGAAGUACAGACUUGCAGACCAAACUCCCAAAGUUCCCUCAGAUGGACUCUUUCUCAUUCAAGAAUACGAGGGAAAGGUCCAGUUAGGGAAACAGUCCCUGAAGAAGCAGGACAAUCCUCAAUACAACUUAACAGUAGAGGUGUCUGACAAAGAUUUCAAGACCCUCUGUUUUGUGCAAGUCAACGUUAUUGAUAUCAAUGACCAGAUUCCCAUCUUUGAAGUAUCAGAUUAUGGAAACAUGACUCUCCCUGAAGACACAGCCAUUGGAUCCACUAUCUUAGUCAUCCAAGCCACGGAUGCUGAUGAGCCCUUUACGGGGAGCUCCAAAAUCCUGUACAAGAUCGUACAGGGAGACGCUGAGGGAAGACUGGAAGUCACCACAGAUCCCCAGACCAAUGCAGGAUACGUCAAGAUUAAAAAGCCUCUUGACUUUGAAACUGAACCAGUUACCAACAUUGUGUUCCAAGCAGAAAACCCUGAGCCUCUGGUGUCCAACGUAAAGUACAAUGCUAGUUCUUUUGCCUCGUUCAAGCUGUUUGUGACGGAUGUGAACGAAGCACCUGUGUUUCCCCAACUUAUAUUCCAAGCGAAAGUCAGCGAGGAUGCUGCUGUAGGCACAAAAGUGGGCAACGUGACUGCCAGGGAUCCUGAAGGCCUGCCCGUGAGUUAUUCACUGAGCGGCGAUAAGAGAGGUUGGCUUAAAAUCGACUCCGUCACCGGCGAGAUAUUCAGCGCGGCUCCGCUGGACAGGGAAACAGAAAGUCUGUAUCGGGUACGAGUGGUGGCCACUGAAAUAGGUGGGUCCUCUUUGAGCUCCACGGCGGACUUCCACCUGGCACUCAUGGAUGUGAAUGACAACCCCCCACGCUUGGCUAAGGAUUACACAGGCUUGUUCUUCUGCCAUCCACUCAGUAACACUGAGAGUCUCAUCUUUGAGGUGACUGACGAUGACCAGCAGUCACUUUGGAGGUCCCAGUUUACAUUUGCCCUUGGCAGAGAGAGCUUACAGAAUGACUGGGAAGUCUCCAAAAUCAAUGGCACACAUGCUAGACUCUCCACCAAGCACACAAGCUUUGAGGAACGAGUUUAUGAAAUCCCAAUCCUCCUCAAUGAUAGGGGCCAGCCACCCAUGGAAGGCACUGUCUUCUUACCAGUUACUUUCUGCAAGUGUGUGGAAGGAAGCUGUUUCCGGCCAGCAGGCAGCCAUGAUGGGAUACCCACUGUGGGCAUGGCAGUUGGUAUACUUCUGACUACCUUUCUGGUCAUUGGUAUAAUUUUAGCAGUUGUGUUCAUCCGCAUGAAGAAAGAUGAAGGAAAAGAUAACAUUGAAAAUCCUCAGUCCCCUGAAGCUAGACCUCUGAGAAGCUGAAUUUGAAAAGAAAUGGUCAAGUUUAUGCACCAAGUGCUACAUCAAUGCCUCAGCUGUUUAAUUUCAUCCGAAAUGUGAACUAUAAUUGGUAGAGUUUAUGUAUCAUGUGCUAUAUCAAGGCCCCAGCUGUUUAAUCUCACAAUUUCAUCCAAAAUGUGAACUAUAAUUUCUUUGAUAGCAUGCCACUCUUGUCUUGUAAUAUUUUAUACUACUUAGAUAUUUUAUGUGCUGUAGACAUUAGAGUUAUUUUCCAUUUCCCAUGACAUUUUCCUCUCCCACAAAAAGCUUAGCUACAUAACCUAAACUUUCCACUCUGGGGCGGAUGAGCUGACUGUUUUCUGUACAUUGUUGCUUCAGAGACCUAUCAGUUAUCCAUCACCAAACUUCCCAGACUCCAUUUCUUCUUUUUCUAUUCCAUCCCGUGUCCCUUCAUCUUUUGGUGUUACACUGAAUUUAGAAUAUGUCACACAAAAGAACAAAGUGAA